GCAUUUUAAAAGGCGACCGCUGAGAAAACGAAACCAAAACCGAAGACGACCCCUCACUCUACACAGACAGAGACAGAGCUACAUAUAGACAGAGACAGCGAGAGUGCCAGAGCGUACGAGAGAGACAGAGAGAGAGAGAGAGAGAGACAGAGAGAGAGAGAGAAAGAACGACUAGCGGAAAUGGCCAAAUUAGUGACUUACAUCUUCAUCGUUAGCUCGUUGAUACUUUGGUAUCUGCUGCUCUUUGGCGGCUCCAGAGCUGGAAGAAGCCUCCUCCUGGGCGUGGACGCAACCAACGGUCAUGGCAGCCAACUGGAAGGACGAGACUUUCACCAUCAUGGCGGCAGUCAUCACAUACGACGCAACAUCAAUCACUGCUGGCGACGCUAUGAUGGCUACAAUCUACAGAACACCAUUGUCAAUAAGAAGGAGCAGCUGAAGAAACCUUAUGGCAUUUUGUGUAACUUCAAGUGCACUUGGUUCUUUACAAUAAGCUAUCCGACCUGCGAAUACAUUCACGACUACAAGUUAUCCUGUGUUCUGUUCACUUCACUGCCCGAUUGCACAAAUGUCAAGUGCACGCUCUUAAAUUACUUUAGCUAGAUAUAAAGCAGUAUCGAUAACCGAUAGACCAUUUAAAUAAGUUUCUGUUUUUUUUU